UCCGAAGUAUGAUCAAGGCUAUGAAUACCCUAGGCGAGGGUCUCGAUACCACAAAGGCGUCGGUUCAUGAGGAGCGUGAGCAUGAGCGUGAGGAGGACGACUUCGACCAGCGGUCUCAGGUGUCCCGCCAUCGCGAUCGCCUGGAGCCCGAGAAGCCGAGGAUCACGCUGUCCACGUUCACCGGCAACAAUCCCCAUGCAUGGCUCAACCGGGUUGUGCAAUAUUUUGAGCUCAACGAGACCGAAGGACGUGAUCGAGUAAGGUACGCUGCUAUCUUGAUGGAGAAGCCAACGUGUGGUGGCAGUGGCUUACUAGCGUAUACAGCGAGCCAUACGAUGGAACGAUUUCGAGCGAGAGUUACUCAUACUAUGGCAGCUACUCUAUCCUAUCAGCAGGUCCAGAUGGUUCCGCCAGUUACAGCUGUUGCGCCCAGCUCUAGUUUGGGCAAGAAGAAGUCAGAUUCCCACCGGGAUAACCGGAAGGGAAAGCGUAGCGGGAAUGAUCGUCGCGGUGAGCGCCCCGCUGCCCAGGGUCAGAAUCUGAAAUGCCCUAAGUGUGGCCGUUAUCAUCCUGGAGAUUGUCGUUUCACCCAAAGGGUCUGUUUCAACUGCAUGAAGCCCGGUCAUUUCUUCAGCAACUGCCCCGAGCCCCCGAGACAGCUGCC